AUCGGUGGUGGCGGUGAAGGUGAUGGCGGCAGUAUGAGCCAAACGGUCCGAAUCGAGAUGCCACCCGGCGAGAAGCCCGCCUCGCCACAUGACCGAUUCCCGAAAGAUCGUACGAAAGCUGUGGUGAGUUCCUGA